CUUCAAAAUGUUGAAUGUGAUAUACGAUGACAAUAGUUGGAAAUUUAUUUUCCCAAUUUUAAUAAAUUUCGCGAUGUCGAUCACUGUGUAUUUUUUAACUAUACGUUUAAUACCGAAGAUAAAAGAUAUGUUUGUCAAAGCUAACCUAUACGGUAUUGAUAUGAAUAAGAAGAGUGGUGAAAAAGUGCCCGAAGCUUUAGGUGUUGUCACUGGAUGUCUUUUUCUUAUAACGCUCUUUCUUUUUAUUCCUGUACCAUUUACAAACUAUAUAUUUAAUGACAUAAAUUUCCCUUAUAAUGAGUUUAUGGAGUUUUUGGCAGCUUUACUGUCAAUUUGUUGUAUGUUACUUUUGGGGUUUGCUGAUGAUGUUUUAGACUUACGUUGGAGGCACAAAUUAUUAUUACCUACUAUUGCUUCCUUACCACUUUUAAUGGUGUAUUACAUUAAUUUUAAUUCUACAUUAAUUAUUGUGCCAAAACCCUUAAGACCAUGGUUUGGUUUUUCAGUGGAUCUUUGGGUAUUUUAUUAUUUAUAUAUGGGGAUGCUAGCAGUGUUUUGCACAAAUGCUAUAAACAUAUUAGCUGGUAUAAAUGGUCUAGAAGUUGGGCAGAGCUUAGUAAUUUCAAUAAGCAUUCUUUUGUUUAAUAUAAUAGAGCUAUCAGGAGAUCUGUGGAAAGCACAUCAAUUUUCAUUGUAUUUCAUGCUUCCAUAUAUAGCAACAUCACUGGGCUUACUAAAAUUUAAUUGCAUUUGCGAGAAGUAUUCCUGGACCGCCUGCCGAAAGGAGCGUAACCAGUUGGAAAACCACGCCCGAAUGCUUCCUUCUACUCAACCUCUUUUACCUUACUUCCGUAUCAAGCGCGGUUGUAACUCCACUCAAGGCGCACGCGUCUCCAAGUAUCAAUUAAUUAAUCAGAAAGAUUUAUUACUCGUGGAAAUACGAAUAACGAACGAAAAUCAGCCGUACCCAGCACAGGUAUUUGUGGGCGAUACUUUUUGUUAUUUAUCUGGAAUGACAUUUGCUGUUGUUGGUAUAAUUGGACAUUUCAGCAAAACAACUUUAUUAUUUUUUAUUCCACAAAUAAUUAACUUUCUUUAUAGUGUACCACAGUUAUUUCAUUUGAUACCAUGUCCUAGACAUAGAUUGCCAAAAUACAAUAAAAAAACUGAUAAGUUAGAUAUUAGUACUACAAUAUUCAAUAAAAAGGAUAUUGGUUCUGUGGGUAAAUUCAUAGCAUGGAUAUUUAGGAAACUAAAUAUAAUAAAAUGGCAAGAAGAUGAUCAAGGUAUUGUUACUUGUAAUAAUUUGACACUAAUUAAUUUCGUGCUUAUUAAUACUGGCCCAAUAAAUGAACCUACACUUACAUUGAUUUUGUUGCUAAUUCAGGUUGUUAGCAGUUCAUUAGCAUUUCUCAUAAGAUAUCCUCUUGCUUCGAUUUUCUAUGAGGUUUGAAAAAGUACAUAUUUAGAAAGUACAAAGUUAUUUUAUUUUUUCAUAUUGAAAUAGUGUAUCUGUUAUAUUAAACUUCUUUUAUAGAAGAAUUUUCCAAUAUAAAUGUACUUUCAUACUUUCUAAUUAUUAUUACUUAAUGUAUAUUUAUUAAUAGCUUUGGAUUAUGCGAAUAUUAUUUUGUUAUACUAUUGUCAGGAAAUAAAACAUGUUCCUUUAUCUUUUGUAACGUUUAAUGAUCUUUAAUUAUAAACAUCACAAUGCACUGAGAAUUGGGUUAGAAUAAAAUAACCUUUAUAACAUUUGGAAAAUAAUAUAACACAUUAAUAUUUUUAUAUAUAAAUUAUACAUGACUUGAUUAAAAAUGUUUUAUAAGCUUUAUACACAAAAUAAUACAAAAUACAGUUUUUUUUAUCAUGAUUAUGAGAUUUGUUAAACUAUUAUAAAUUAUUAUUAAAUUAUGCAAGU